AUGGAAAUGGAAGGGCCUAAAGAUAAGUACGCCUUCCUAGACGGAUCUGACAUAUGGUACAGCGACGACUCCACAUCUGAUUUAGCAAGCAACGACGCAUCCACCAACAGCUAUGAAUCUUUAGAAGCACGUAGUGAGUCUCUAGGAGCAAGUAGCGAUGCAUCAACCAACAGCUAUGAAUCCUUAGAUGAAUGUGGUGAGUCGCUCGGAGCAAGCAGCGAUGCAUCCACGAACAGCUGUGAAUCUUUAUCAGCAUGUAGUGAGUCCCUCGGAGCAAGUAGAGAAUCUCUAACAGAAAGUAAUGAAUCCUUGAACGAGUUUUAUGGCGGAGAAGAAUCGAUAGCAUGUGAAGAUGAGCCAAAUAAAAAGAAAUUCAUGGGGGAUGAAUUAAGGAGUGAAAUAUCUGAGGAUAAUCUACCAAGAGAAGAUUUAUUUCAUGUAGAAGAAGGAUACGAAGAAAUGCUAAAUGAUUCCUUAAAAUAUAAUUUCCAAUAA